GCUCGUCUACUUCUGCUCAUCGCAAUUUUUCUUCUCUUUUUUCUUUCUUUUUACCGAUUCCAAUUCCAAUUUAACUGCUAGUGCAAAGCAUUUGAACAUCCAGUUCUCUUUAAACUGUUGACUUGAAAGCAUCAAAAGAAGAAGAACAAAGUGAAUUUUUUGUAAAUCAAAUAGGAAGAGAAAUUUUUGGUGACAAACUUUUUAAAGUAACGAAAAAUCUUGAGGAUCAAAAAUACAAAAUGAAACUUUACGUGACUAUAGUUCUGCUUGUUCACAUUUCUCUGGCAUCAUGUCGCCCACAAAGUGUACAGGAAGAACGAAAUUUUAGAUUCGAACAAGUGGACGAUUCUGUUCGAUUACCAUAUCUUGGUGGAGCAAAGGGUCAAGUCCUUGAGAUUAGACAGAGACCUGAUGGAACCAUCUUUAGUCGUAUUCUUAUGGACGAAACUAAAAAAGAUCCACAAACGGAAGAAUUCUUACACCAGAAGAGUGAAGCAAAUAGUUUUGAAGCAAAUCUGAUGAAAAUUCAGGAAGCUGCUGCAGACCUUGUAAGGAUCCAAGAAGUUUUUAAGCAGCAAGGAAAAUUGAGUACUGAACAACGAAAGCUGUACAGCCAAAGUUUGGAAAAUUUAGGAAUUUCUGCUCAAAAAUUGGCAAAGAUUGAAGGAACAGAUGACAAUGUUCGUCUCUUGCUUGAAGAACCACAAGGUGAUCGUAAAAAGAGCAAGGAUUCGAAAAAGAAACCCGAAAAUAUUCAAUUUCCACCAUUUUAUCAACUCAACAAAAAAGACGAGGACUGUGAGGAAGGUGUUGUUUUGGAAGAAGGAGAAACUAAUUCAACAUUAACAACAACUGUUGAACCCAGUACGACUGUAAAACCUAUCACAACCUCUUCUUCUCCUCCAGUAACAUCGUCAUCUACAACAACGACCAAAAAACCAUCUAUAACUAUCAUUCAAGGGACAAAUACUGCAACAGUUCAAAGCAAUAACAAUGAUGUAGAAGAAGAAACUUCUGUGGCUGAAGCUAAGCCAGUUGGUGUCGCAAUUUCGGGAGUCGGUGGAGUUGCAAGUUCUAAGCCAGUUGGAACUGCAGUUGUUGGACCAGGUGGAUUAGCAAUUGCUCGUCCACAGGCAACAGCAAUUGCAGGUAUAAAGCCAAGCGACUAUAGUUCCCUUGGCCUUCCACUGCCAACAAAACUCAAGAAUUUAAAUGCACGUGACUCAACAUCACUUCCAUCAAAGGGUAAAUAUGGGCUCGUCAACAUUGGAACUGACGAUGACCAAACACAGUUUCUUGUCGGACCGGAAUUUUUAGCUGAAGCACGACUCUCUGACAAAGGAAUUGACUCAGAUGGAGAAGAAGAAUUUGAUACAGAAGAUAAGGUUGAAAACGAGGACUCGAAGACGAUGGAAGGUGAGAAUUCUAGACGACAAUCUACAAUUGAAAAAGAGAAGGACGAUGUCAAUGAACUUGAUAGUAAUAAACACACUGAAUCAUCUGAUAAUUUACAAUUUCCAUUCGGCAUAGAAUACGGCAAGCAUCCACAAUUCCCACCAGCUUAUGAUAAUUUCUUUGCUUAUCAAUCUCCAUACUUUUUACCACCAAAUGCAUAUGUUCCCGUACCGAUUAAUAACCAAUAUUUACAAAGAAGAGCCAGUAAUGCAGUAUUGAGAUAUCCAUCAUAUUCAGGAUAUCCUCAAUAUCCUGGAUAUUCAAACAAUAAUGGAUUACCAGUUUCACCAUUUAGAUUAUUUUAUGCUCAAUAAAAGUAGCAGAAUGUAGCAAUAAGCUUUAAAAAUUAUUUAAUUAAUGCCAUUUUUAUUAAAAAGUUGACUAAAUGUCAUUAAAAUUAAUUGAGAUUUAAGAAAAUGUACAAUAAUAAAAUUAGUUUCGCGUGACAAAUUUCUCCGUGGGUGUGUCUCACAAGCAUUGGACACACACAUGUUGAGGACAUGCGAAAAAGUAAUUUAAAUAAAAAUUUUGUCGAUGACAAAAAGUGAA